UGCAGUGCACUCACUGUGCUGCUGUGGUGUGAUUUCUAUGUUUGAUAUGAUUAGAAAAACAAGGAUUUAACUUUAGUAGCAAGCUUAUUUCAAACAGCUUAGAAAUUAUUGUUCAGAUAUUGAAAUACCAACUCUUGACAACAGGUGUUUGUAGGACUGAAAAUGAAGUGGACAUUGAUCUUCCUCCUUGGUAGCUGUUUGGCUGAGACUGCCUUGGGCUGGACUUAUCAUUACUCAAACAAGACCAUGAACUGGACCCAGGCCCGCCAGUGGUGCCAGACCACUUACACAGACAUGGUGGUCAUCCAAAACCAGAAAGAGAACGACUAUCUGGUCUCGCAACUGCCAAACAGAACUAGGAGUCCAUAUUUUUGGAUUGGAAUCACUAAAAACCAUAAGAAUGAAACCUGGACCUGGAUCGGGAAUAACAGCACAUGGAUUGGUGAGCAGUCCUGGGCAGCAAACGAGCCCAACAACAACCACAGCACAGAGUUUUGUGUGGAGAUCUACGUGAACGGGGGAGAAAACAGAGGGAAGUGGAAUGACGAGAAAUGCGGCAAUCAAAAGUACCCGGUUUGUUAUCAAGCCCAAUGUAAUGCAACAUCAUGCAGCAGAGGAACAUGCCAGGAGACCAUAAAAAACAUAACCUGCCUCUGUGAGCCUGGCUUUGAAGGAGACAGGUGCCAAACAGCCAAAUGUAAUGCAGCAUCAUGCGGCAGAGGAAGAUGCCAGGAGACCAUAGGCAACAUAACCUGCCUCUGUGAGCCUGGCUUUGAAGGAGACAGGUGCCAAACAGCCGUGGAAUGCCCCCCUCUGUCUGAGCCUGAUAACGGGUACCAUAGCUGCUCGGGAGGAAGCCAGACAUUCAACUCAACCUGUCAGUUUAACUGCAACUCAGGCUUCCGACUGAUAGGCUCGCCAGGUGUUACCUGUGGGGUCACUGGGGUCUGGAGUGGCCCAAGACCUGCAUGUGCAAGCUACAAACAGGCUCUGCUGGCUGUAGCUGGGUGUGGAGCUGUCUCUGCCCUCUGCUGCAUCUGUUUUUGCUGGAUGAAACACAGAAAAAGAAAGAAACUUUCCCAAGUAAGGCAGCUUGAAGAGGCCACAAAUCCAGCCAGUGAGUCACAGGGAUGAAGGACAACUGGAGCCUCGUUCAUGUCAAAAUAGAUCUAUAAUGACCCACACGUAGUUGCUCAUAUUAAUAUUAGUACAUUGUCAAUAAAUAAAGUUAAGCAGUCACUGGCUGUACAUGCUGUAUGCAGUUCACUAAGAGUUUUGCCCAAUAUGCUGUAUGUUUAAGAUUAAUUUGCGUUUAUGAGGUUAUCUGGUCAAGCAUAUGGAAACUUACAAUUUCUGUGGUGUUUUCGUUUAAGAUAAAGGUUAUUGAAUAAAAUGGA